UUGGCAGAACCAAAAGAACCCUAAAUCACUAAGUUACUGGUAUAAAAUAGUAACAGUCCUCGCUCUCGACAAUCCGUCCAUUCCCUAGUUUUCUCCCCCAACUCAUAAAUUUGUGGGGGAAAAUCAUUCUCUGUUUCGUACGACAACUUUUUCAUCUUGUUUUGUCCGUCUAUCGCUUUAAUUUAUCGUAAAUCAAUUAUAGAAUUUUUGAAGGGCAAGUCUUUCGCAUGAAAAGGCUGGAAAUCGAUAUCGGCAAACCCAAUUUUUUUACCGAUUCUGAUUUCAGUUGCUUUGGACGAUGGGGUCUGCUCCGCUAGUUUUUGAUAUCAGUUCGGACGAAGAACCGGUCGUGGAGGAGAUCAAAUGUGGCGAUGACGACUACAUGUGGUUGAAAAAGAUUCUUGAAGCCGUGGGUAAGAAAACGGAUGAAUCCGAUGAGGUUUUCGUACUGGGCGAGUACAACCCGAAGUCCCAAUCGCAGUCCCAAACCGUCAAAGCCGCAAACAUCGAGGAUGACGACGACGAUUGCAUCGUUUUGGACGGCGACCCAGAUAAAAUUUCGCGUGCCGGUGAAGAGGUCAACCAGUGCGAUGGCGAUUCUGAUGAAGUGAUAGUUAUUGGAGAGAAGGGCCAGAUCGCGUGCAGGGACUACGCUCAUGCACGAUAUCUCUGUGCUAAAUUUCCUUUCAGUUCCACCCCUCAUGAAAGUUACUGUGACCGGUGCCACUGUUUUGUUUGCGACUCACCUGCACCAUGUGCUCACUGGGAUAAGGGGGUCUUCUCCAGUAUCAGCCAUUGUCAUGCAACUGAUAAAGAGGAGUUCUGGAAAGCUGAGCGUAAAAGUUAUAAGCUGAAAAAAGAUCAUGUGCCCCCUGUUCCAGAACUUCAUGAUGCUCCUCUCCCCACUUCACAGCCCCAAGUUGAGCAUGUUCGACCUUUAGACAUCAUUAGAUUAGCACAAAACUCCAUACGUCAGGAUGAUGUCUCCAGACAGACUACAAUUCAUCCCUGCUCCUCUACUGAUAAGUUUAGUCGUCCAAACAUUAUUAGUCAGGGCAGAAGCCAACAGCCUGGAAAUGGUUACCAGCCUCUGCCAGCGGCAAAGCAGGUUCUUGGUGUACGUAACAGUGCCAUCCAGAAGGGCAGAAUUUCUAGUGUUGGCAACUUAGGCACCCGUGCUGCCUCUUCGAAUACAAUGUUUAGAAGGGCGGGCGUUGUUGGGGGCCCUAUGACCAAUCGUCGAUCUGUUCGUGGUCCGUCAAACAAUAUUAAUUCUGGUCAUGCAUCAUUAUACACAAGAACUCCUCCACUGGCGACAUCAAGUGAGAAAAAUUCUUCUGGGUGGCAGAACAGUUAUCCGAAUAUGAAUUGGGGAUCAUAUGGAUGUUAUAGCUCCACACAGGCCAACAUGGGGAAUGUUUCUGUAGAUAGGGUGCUCUCUAAUCCCCAAUUAUAUUGUCAAACUACCUCCCAACCAAAUGAAGGUCAAAAUAUGCUUGGGAAUCAAAGUGAAAACCCCACUAAUCCAGGCACCUCUAAUUUGGGAUUUGAAUGGGCUAACAGUCCAAGUGAAAGCAAUCUGCAACCUCCGGUUGGAAAUGUCCAACUGUAUGAUGUGGGGUCGGCUGAUGGGGCACUGCAUGUUGAUCAAUUUGAUUCCCAUUUAACCAGAAGUGCUGAACUCAAUUAUGAUUACGAUUAUUAUGGGAGCUUGUUUUCUGAAAACCAGUCUGCUCCAGGGGUUCCAGAAAGUUAUGUACAUGCUAACGUUGAUGUUUUUUCCCCUGAAUGUACUGGUGUUGAUGCAGGCAUGCUCUUAUUUGAUUUUGAAACUUCUUGGAAUGGGCUUACACGUGUGUAGUCGACAAUCAGUACCCUAACCCCCCGUGAAGGCAGAAGAGACGGAAUCGAUCCUCUGUCAGUUGGUUGAUAGCUUUUUUAGUAAGGGGGUUUUGUUGGUGUACAUACUUCUGCUGAAUUGUUCAUAAUCUCCAUGGGUUAAAUGCUGUACGGUUGCUGGAUGACUGUUCUACUGACCCCAAAAUAUGGAACUUUGUCAGGCAUUCUGGUGUUGCAAGAGUGUUAUCAUCCCCAUUGGUAGCAGUUCCGUCUGCAGGCCUUCUCUUAGUUCUGAUAUUAACUUAGAUGUGGUUUUAACUGCUUAUAGAAAUUUGUUAUUCUAGGCAGGUAUUAUUGAAUGCCUGGUGGUGUUCCUUGUUAUCGUGGACAGAAGAAGAAUAUUGACUUGUUUGUUUACCAGCAGAAUAAACAAAAAUGUUGGAUAUCAAUGAAAGGAAAAUGGAGUAUGUUUCUUCUUUUCCAGUCUGUUCUUGGGUUAA